AUGAGCACCUUGGGAUUUUCUGUUGGGACUUGUUCUCCUCCAAGUGAGCAAAGAAAAUGCAGAUCUCUUGUGAAUAAUAGCUUAAGCAAAGCAGAAGCUAUUAACUUGAGAAGCAAACAAAAAGCUUCUGAUCCUGAGUUAAGUGUUGUUCAAUUAGCUUCUUGUGGUAGAAGAGAAGCCAUUAUUGGUUUUGGUUUCUAUAUUGGUCUUGUUGAUAAUGUUUCAGCAUUAGCAGAAACAACUUCUUGUGAAUUCUCUGUGUCUCCUUCUGGUCUUGCUUUCUGUGAUAAAGUUGUUGGAUAUGGUCCUGCGGCUGUUAAAGGACAGCUAAUUAAGGCACAUUAUGUAGGGAAGUUGGAGAAUGGGAAAGUCUUUGAUAGUAGCUAUAACAGAGGGAAGCCUCUAACUUUCCGAAUAGGUGUUGGUGAGGUGAUUAGAGGUUGGGACCAGGGAAUCCUUGGCUCUGAUGGAAUUCCUCCAAUGCUUACCGGUGGGAAACGAACAUUGCAAAUUCCUCCAGAGCUCGCGUAUGGUGAUCGAGGCGCAGGUUGCAAAGGAGGCUCAUGCCUUAUUCCUCCAGCUUCGGUUCUUCUCUUUGACAUUGAGUUCAUAGGCAAAGCUUGA